UGUGUUUUCGAACUUACAUGUUGAAGAAAAGUGACACUGCCCGCGUUAAUAGUGAAUAUCUGAAUAUUAUGUAAUUAUUUCUUUUUAUGACAUGAAAUAUCGAUUCCCGUAACGCAUUGAAACUAUUCGUGAAGUAACUGUGACGUAACUAUAACCGUUUGUUAUUGUGUGCAAGUUAGUGUGACCCGCUCGACAUUGUUUAUAAACAUGUGGCCUUUGAGAACGAAAUUUGCAGAUAGAAUGGUGAAGUGUCAGAAUUCUGUUUCCCGUAGCUGUAGUUCUGCGUUCGUGCCAAAGCACAAUCCAGUCAGUGUGGAAGAUUUUAGCAAACUUGUUACGUUCAUUGAGACGUCGCAGAAGAUUGCUGUGCUUACUGGAGCAGGAGUAUCGACGGAAAGCGGCAUUCCUGAUUAUCGCUCGGAAAAUGUUGGCUUAUACGCUCGCUCAUCUUCGAGACCCGUCCAGUUUCAAGACUUCUUGAAAAGUGCUGAAGUUCGUAAAAGGUAUUGGGCUCGCAACUUCAUUGGGUGGCCCAGAUUUUCGUCAUUUUCGCCCAAUGCUACGCACUACGCUCUACGUGAUUUGGAGGUGAUACACCAGAAAAUUGGUUGGGUUGUUACUCAGAACGUAGAUGGCCUUCAUACGAAAGCCGGAAGUAAUAAUGUUGUUGAACUCCAUGGCACGGCAUAUAGAGUAAUUUGCCUAAACUGUGACUAUAAUGUCAGUAGAAACACAUUCCAGGAAAUUCUUCAACAAAUGAAUCCAAAUAUGAAAGCUUCCACGAAAGUCAUACGACCAGAUGGUGAUGUUGAACUGACUCAGGAUGAAGCAGAAAUUUUCCGAGUCCCAGAAUGCCCGUCAUGCGGAGGCAUACUUAAACCAGACAUCAUAUUUUUCGGUGAAAAUGUUCCAAGAAUGCGUGUAGAAACUGUAAAAAGUAUUGUGGAAGAUUCUGACUCCUUACUAGUAAUAGGCUCAUCACUUUCUGUUUUCUCGGGGUUUAGAAUUGUCCUGCAAGCUGCUGAGCUGGAGAGACGUAUUGCAAUUAUAAAUAUUGGCAAGACAAGAGGAGACAGCUAUGCACAUACAAAACUCAAUGGCAGGUGUGGAGACAUUGUACCAAGACUGUUAGAUCUUUUGUGCUGUUUCAGCAAGUAGCAUUUUUGUCACUGGUAACUAAUGUUUUUGUAGAGACAUAUUGAAAUAGACACGUUUGACUGUUUAA